CCUCCUCAGCCUGCCCAGGCGGAGCGGCCUCCCGCGCGCCACCCGCGCUCCCCGGGCGGCGGGCCCGCACUAUGGCCGGGCUGGCGCCGCGCGUGCACUACCUGGCGGGCUUCAGCUGCCCGGUCGGGGGCCUGACGGCGGGCGGGCCCCGCGUGCUGCACCUCGGCGCGGAGGUCUUCGUGGCCGCCGGGAGGGAGCUGGUCUACGUCUACGACCGGGAGGCGCGGCAGCUGACCGCGGCGUACAGGUUUCCCGGGCAGGUGUGGCACCUGGAGGUCCUGGCCCCGCGCAGGGCGCUGCUCGUCCUGUGCGCCCGGAGGGGCGUCUACUGCCUGUCCUUGGACCAGGCCCGCAGGUCUGUGAGCCAGAGGGAUGGGGACGACGAGGACGGCGAGUCCCCGUCCCCCGUGACCGCUGUGGACCCAGACACCUGUGUGCUCCCCGACGCCACGCUGUGCGCGUUCACCGUGCUGGGCGACCUGCUCAUCGCGCUGGCGCAGGGCCCCGCCCAGUGGAAGGUGCAGCUGUUUGAGUGUCCGUGUCCGGGGGAGGACCCCGGGCCCAGAGGCCAGAUCGGGGAGGUGGAGCUGUCGACCCACACCCCCCCAGCGGGGAGCCCGGGGCAACCCCAGGCCCUCCCCUUCCUCCCGGUGCUGUGCUGUGUGUCCCUGCGCAGCUCCAGGGCCCGGCACGGCUCCCCGCACGGCCCCAGGGCCCUCACGCUGGAGGGGUCCCUCUUCGGGCUCCUCUUCGGAGCCGACGCCGCCCUCCUGGAGUCGCCCGUGAUCCUCUGUGGCCUCCCCGACGGCCAGCUCUGCUCUGUGGUCCUGCAGACCCUGGUCCCCUCCGGGCUGGCCCCUGGUGACCCCAAGGCCCUGGUCAGGAUCCUGCACCACCUGGAACAGCCCAUCAUCUUCAUCGGGGCCUUGAGGACGGAGCCCUCGGCUGAGGGCCCAGAGGCUGCGGACUUGGACUGCCUGGUGGCGCUCGGCCGCCACGGCCGGACCCUGGCCAUCAAGGCCAGCUGGGACGAGGCGGGGAGUCUGGUGCCGGAGCUGCGCGAGUACUGCCUGCCGGGGCCUGUGCUCUGCGCGGCCUGUGGCGGGGACAGCCACGUCUACCACAGCACCCCGUCCGGCCUCUGCGCGGUGGACCUGGCUCGAGGAGGCACCCCCGGGGACCCCGUGCCGCCCGACGGCCCGGGACGCCUGCCCCCUCUGCUGUGUCCCGCCAGCUUGGGUGUCUGCAGCGUCGUCACCCUCUCGCCGCCGUCUAGGUCGCCUGAAGGGGGCACCGAGCUCCUGGCCCUGUCGGCCAAAGGCCGCCUGAUGACCUGCCGCUUGGACCUGAGCCCCGAGCCCCCUCAGCCCGCCCGGGUGACCGCGGCGGACACGGGCCGGAAGAUCAAGGACCUGCUCUGCGGGAUCGGCACCGUCUCUGAGAGAGUGUCCUCCCUGAAGAAGGCCGUGGACCAGCGCAACAGGGCCCUGACGUGUCUGAACGAGGCCAUGAACGUGAGCUGUGCCCUGCUGGCCAGCCGGGAGGGCGCCCGGCCCGUCUCCUGCACCACCACCACGGCCUGGAGCCGCCGGGAGCUGCGGGACGUGCUGACCGCCACCUGCCUGCUGGAGAACAGCAGCGGCUUCCGCCUGGACCGCGGCUGGGCCCUGUGCGUCCAGGUGCUGCCCGGCUCCCACGCCUCGGACUCGGACCCGGCGGGCUCGGCCGUGACCUACACCGUCCCCGUGGACCGGCUGGGCCCCGGCGAGCGGCGGGAGGUGACGCUGCUCCUGGGCCCCGGGGAGGACGGCGCGCUAGACCUGCCCGUGACCGUGUCCUGCGCGCUCUUCCUCAGCCUCAGGGAGGUCGUGGGCGGGGCCCUGGCCCCCUCGGACCCUUUCAAGGACCCCUCCUUGGACGGGUGCCCCCCCGACGUCCUGCCUGAGCAGGAGGGUAUCUGCCUGCCCCUGGGCGAGCACACGGUGGACAUGCUGCAGGGCCUGCGCUUCCCGGGCCUGGCUGCGCCCCCCGCGCAGGCCCCCGCGCCCUGCCCCCCUCCCGGCGACCCCGUGAGCACCUUCCUGGGAACCUGCUGGCGGCCGGGCAGCGAGCCGGCGGGGCCCGAGUCCCUGCGCGCCAAGUACCUGCCGCCGUCCGUGGCCGCCAUCCGGGUGUCCGCGGAGCUGCUCAGAGCUGCCCUGGGGGACAGGGACCCAGGCGUGUCCCUGUGCUGCGCCACCCUGCAGUGGCUGCUGGCCCAGAACGCCGCCGUGGACGCCGUGCGGGCCCGAGCCCUGACCUCUGUCCAGGCCCUGACCCCGGACGGCGCCGAGAUCCGCCUCAUCGUCCAGGAGGUGGCGGUGGCCGGCCUGUGCCCGGCGGGGCCCGUGCAGGCCGUGGAGGUCCAGGUGGAGAGCUCCUCGCUGGCCAACAUGUGCCGGGCCCACCACGCCAUCGUCGGGCGCAUGCAGAGGAUGGUGGUGGAGCAGGCCGCCCGGGGCUCCAGCCCCCCCGACCUCCGCGUGCAGUAUCUCCAGCAGAUCCAGGCCAACCACGAGACGCUGCUGCGGGAGGUGCAGGCCCUGCGGGACCGGCUGUGCACAGAGGACGAGGCCAGCUCCCGGGCGACGGCGGAGCGGCUCCUGCAGGUGUACCAGCAGCUCCGCAGCCCCAGCCUCCUCCUGCUGUGAGCAGCCACUGUGGGCUCGCCCUCAGCCUUCACUGCUGGCAGCUCCCAGACGCAGGGGCUGGGUCAGCGUCGUCCCCUCCACUCAGGUCCAGCGCAGGACGAGGGCCGGCCGGAGCAGGAGCGGCAUUGCCUGGCGGCUGUCGGAGGCCACGGAGCCGGCUCAGGACCAGGAGGGGCGGGGCUGUCUGGCCGUCACUGUUCCUGGGGGCACUGCCCGUCCACCUGCCUCGUCGCCCACCCGGGGGCCUUGGCCCUGCCCCUGCACCAUUGGGGUCCCCAGGUGGGGGGGGCUCCCUGUGACCAAAGCACAAAGACUGGGGGUGCUCCCAGGUGGCCAGUGGCCUGGACACCUGUCACCUGGUGCCCAUGGCUGGGGCCGCCCAGCGCCCAGCUCUGCCCCGGGGUGUCAGGGUGGGGAGGGGACUCCGGGGUCACUGGUGCUUCUCUGUGGGCCGAGGGCCCGCUGCUGCCACAACAGGCCUUCCU